AUGCUAGACGAUUCACGCAGGAAUUCGGAUUCCGACGGAUUGUACUCCGGCAAGAGCUCGAUGAGCAGCGAUACAACUGCCGCGACGGCCCUCAGCCACUCCGCCAGCUUCGGCCGGUUCUCGUUCGAGCUACCGACGAGUUCGCCGGAUCAGACUGCCGCGCUGCGGCCUCACCGGUCGUCGGACUCCUCGUUCAGGGGCGUGCCCCUGCGGGGCAGCCCCGGCCUCCGCGACUUCAGCCUAGUGCGGCAGAUCGGCGGCGGCGACAUCGGCCGCGUCUACCUCUGCCGCCUCCGCGGAGCGGCGGACGACGGGCGGCUCUACGCGAUGAAGGUGGUGGACAGCGACGCGGUGGCACUGAAGAAGAAGACGGCGAGGGCGGAGACCGAGCGGAAGAUCAUGCGGAGGCUGGACCACCCGUUUCUGCCGACGCUUUUUGCCGAAUUUGAAGCGUCGCGCUUCUCGUGCGUGGUGAUGGAGUACUGUCCCGGCGGGGAUUUGCAUUCUCUCAGGCACAAGCAGCCGCACAAACGGUUCUCCAUUAGCGCUGCGAGGUUUUACGCAGCUGAAGUUCUUGUGGCACUAGAGUACCUACACAUGCUCGGAAUAGUUUACAGAGACCUAAAGCCCGAGAACGUGCUUGUGAGGUCCGACGGCCACAUCAUGCUCACCGACUUCGACCUCUCCCUCUGCUCCGACUCCACCGCCGCCCUCGAGUCCCCGGACUCCUCCCCGGGACCGCCGCCUCCCUCCCUCUUCCCCUGCCUCCCUUUCGGCGGCCGCCGCCUCUUCCGCUCCCGGAAAGUCAGGACGGCCCUAGCGGCGGGCCUCCGGUUUGUGGCCGAACCCGUCGCUGCCCGGUCGUGCUCCUUCGUCGGGACCCACGAGUACGUAGCGCCCGAGGUGGCGCGCGGCGGGCCCCACGGCAGCCCGGUCGACUGGUGGGCCUUUGGGGUGUUCGUCUACGAGAUGAUCUACGGUCGGACCCCUUUCGCGGGGCCCACCAACGAAGCGACCCUGCGCAACAUCGUGCGGUCCCCGCUCGAGUUCCCGCCGGACGGGCCCGGAGGGGAGGCGCGGGCCGCAAGGGACCUGAUUGCGGGCCUGCUGGAGAAGGAUCCGGCCCGGAGGCUCGGGUCGAGGCACGGGGCGGCCGAUGUUAAGACGCACCCGUUUUUCAAAGGGAUGAAUUUCGCACUCAUCCGGUCGGCGCCGCCGCCGCAGAGCACGGCGAGGUUGAGGCGGCAGAAGACGGCGCCGGCUAGGUCACAGAAGGAAUCGUUCAGUGUCUUUUGA